GGAACUAAAGCUUUGCAAAAAAAGCUGACGUGAAAAUUAAAUAAAUAACAAAAAAAAAACGUCUCGCCGACAACGAAUGCCAAGAGAAAAUAUUAGAAAUAGUGGGGAAAAAAAUACGUCGAUGCUCGUAGGAAAACGGGAUAAAAGUGAAGGGUGCACUGUUUUGGCUAGCGGUCAGGUGUCGCGGAAAGCGGCCGCCCUGGGCAUCCCGCACCAAGGCCAUUGCGUCAACUCGAGUGACCUGGAUGUGAACAUGGAAAGUAGGCCGCGCGUCGGUGUUGUGUUUCUGCAGCGGAGGAACGAGGAUGACUGAAAACUGGGGGGGCAAACAUUAUCACCCGAGGAAGUAUAACAACGGCUCCAGAUUUUUCUUUUUGAAAAUACGGCUGAUAUGGUAAUGUAGCUCGGAAUGCAAGCUUUCGUGAAAUAGGUUGAACUGGUUACUUUUCGAGCUAUCAUGGGAUGGGAAUAACGGUGGGACGUGGGUCGUAUCACCCUACCAACACACAAUAUCCGGCGUAGCUUAAUGGAAAAAAGGGCGAUUUGCAGUUUAUUACAAAAAAGAAAUGUGUUUUAGAUAUACUACGUACAGUUAACCAUUCUCCUGUACAAUUCGUAUUUAUAAUAUUUUCUGUUGCCCGGCGUGGGUGAGACGGCUACAUGAUUCGCACCCCCAGCGAACGAAGGAGUCCAUUCAUGUGACAGAAUAUUAUUAUUAACAGCGACUAACGCUCCGAUAUAUACAUUUUUCCAGCUGCUCACGGAAUAUUAUCUCUAAGCAGGGCUUGCGGUUUCGAGGGUCGCUCAGUGCGCGCGCGCGCGCGUGUGUGUGUGUUUGCGCGCGUCUGUGUGUGUAAAAGAAACACGUUGUGUGUGAGCCUCAGAAGUGAGCGAUGACGGCCCAGGAGGCGUUUCCCCUGCACCACCUGGUGUGGAGUAACCAGUACCUGGAGCUGGACCGCGAGCUGCACAAGAAACAGCAUGAUGUGGAGCAGCUGGACCCACGAGGACGCACCCCACUUGAGCUGGCGGUGUGCCUGGGACACCUGGAGUCCACGCGUGUGCUGCUAAGGCACUCCGCUGACCCCACGCACUGCAACGCUCAAGGCUGGACGGUGUUGCAGGAAGCAGUGAGUACAGGAGACCCAGAGCUGGUGCAGCUGGUUCUGCAGUACAGAGACUACAAGAGAGCCACAGAGAGGCUGGCUGGCAUUCCGGAGCUGCUCAGCAAACUGAGACAGGCACGGGAUUUCUAUGUGGAAAUGAAGUGGGAAUUCACAAGCUGGGUGCCCCUGGUUUCGAAGGUGUGCCCCAGUGAUGUGUAUCGUGUGUGGAAGAGUGGCUCGUGUUUGCGGGUGGACACCACGCUGCUGGGCUUCGAGCACAUGACCUGGCUCAAGGGCCGCCGCAGCUACAUCUUCAAGGGCGGAGAGAGCGGUGCUGUGGUGAUGGAGGUGGACCACGAGAAGCAGGUGGUCUACACGGAGCCUCUCUCCCUUUCCCCACGCGAUGCUCCCUCCCUGCUGGCUGCUAUGUUGCCGUCACAGGAGAACACAGCCCAGCGCCUCACCUCUCCCAUUGUCUCCACCCACCUUAAUACCCGUAACAUUGCCUUUGAAAGGAACAAAUCUGGCAUUUGGGGAUGGCGUUCAGAGAAGACAGAGGUGGUCAGUGGCUAUGAAGCCAAGGUGUACAGUGCUAGUAAUGUGGAGCUGGUGACGCGAUCGAGAACGGAGCACCUUUCGGAUCAGGACAAGUCCCGGUGCAAAGGUUCGAAGACUCCUCUCCAGUCAUUCCUCGGCAUAGCAGAACAACACGUGUCUCAUAAUGGAAGUCACGUGUCUCAGUGUGCCAGUCCUCACAACCCCACGGCCAUCACUGCAGAGGAGUAUUUUGACCCAGAGUUUCCCCUCAACAACAGAGACAUUGGCCGACCUGUAGAGCUCACCAGCAAAGUACAGAGAUUCAAGGCCACUCUGUGGCUCAGCGAGGCUCACCCCCUGUCAUUGGCAGAGCAAGUCAUUCCCAUCAUUGACCUCAUGGCCAUCUCCAACGCCCAUUUUGCCAAACUGCGGGACUUCAUCACACUCCAGCUCCCGCCUGGUUUUCCAGUGAAGAUAGAGAUCCCUCUUUUCCAUGUGCUCAAUGCCAGAGUGACCUUCAGUAACCUCUGUGGCUGUGAUGAGCCUGUUAACGCUGUCACUGUCCACACACCAGAGGCGGCCCCCCAAGCAGGGCAGGCCCCUCCUCCCCUGCAUUGUGAGGUGGAUCCUUCAGUCUUCGAACCCCCAGCAGAAUACACUACUCUUGGCCCAGGCCGCAGUGAGCCCAUGAGGGAUGAAGAUGACAACCUCUUGCAGUUCGCAAUUCAGCAGAGUCUCCUGGAUGCAGGCACUGAAAGUGACCAAGUGACUAUAUGGGAGGCUCUCACUAACAGUCGGCCCGUCUCCCAUUCGGCCCUGUAUGAGGAGGACUCUCAGCUCGAAAGGGCAAUCCAGGAGUCGCUCUCACACUCGUUGGGUGAAAGGGGGGAGACCCUGGGAUCAUCGGACCCCCCCCAAACACUUUCAUCACCGGACCGAGCUGUCCAGUACCCCCCGUCUUACAGCUCGCUGACCGAGUCGAGGGCUCCAGGGGUUGUCGGUGUGGCAACCAGCUUCGAUGAGCAGCUGCGCAUUGCCAUGGAGCUGUCUUGCAGGGACCAAGAGGAGAUGGACAGGAAGCGGCGGGAGGAAGAGGAAGAGCUGGAGAGGAUAUUACAACUCUCACUCACAGAGAAGUAAUGCAGAGCAGUGCGCCAGCCUGGGGAGGGCCUUUGAAAGGAGAUGAUGCUAUUUAUUAUUUGUGCUUUUCUUGAAAUUAAAUUAUUGUUAUUUGUUCAUUAUUUGUUGUUUAACAAGUUCGAAACACACCUUUGAAGGCAGGAGGGAAGCAAAAGUGGAGUGAGGGAGGUGUACGGUGUAGUACAUCGUGAUGUUAGACUCCCUGACUCAACUGUGGAAACAGUGGGGAAGAGGACUGAAGAAUUGAAGAGUUUAAAAAAAAAGGACUAGAGUAAACUGCACUGAAGGACUGGGCUUCGUUUUAGAAAUGACCGCACAGUAACAAGCACCCGUACUGUAGGGUUAUGGUAAUUCAGUACAUAUGAUAUAUUCAUCUUAAUAAUGCAGCUGCGCGCGCACGUCGAAGUGUAAGAGCUUCUAGUUUCCUUCGGUUUCUCACAAUCGAUCCUGCUGUCGUAAUUUGAGGGAACAAAAACAUCCUUAAAUCUGAACAAAACUAAAACAGGGCCGAGAAUGUAACGAUUGAAGAAAAUGUGUGAAUCCGAAGUAUGUUGGCUGUCUACUAAUGUACGAUAUGGGAACUGACUAAAUAAACUUAUCA